CAAGUUCUGUUUUCACCUAAAUAGGUUCAUGUUCUAAUCGAUCCUUUUUACACUUAGGAUAGCUAAUUGAUUACCUAUAUCUAAAUCAGUAUGUUAACCUCUACCAGAAAAAAAUAUGAUGUAUUCAUUAGCUUUAGGGGUGAAGACACAAGGAAAAAUUUCACAGGAAAGCUUCAUGAAGCUCUUAAAAAGGAAAAUAUUGAAACAUAUAUUGAUUUAUAUGUUAAAGUGGGAGAUGAGGUUGGACCAAUGCUUAUCCAAGCAAUCCAUGAGUCACAAAUAUCUGUCAUUGUUUUCUCAAAAAACUUUGUAACCUCAAAGUGGUGUUUGGAGGAACUCCUUCAUAUACUAGAAUGUAGAAAACAUCAUGGACAAGUAGUUUUACCUUUUUACUAUGAAACCGAUCCAUCAAAUAUUGUAGGUCUUGGGAAAGGAAGUUAUGAGAAAGCAUUUGCAAGAUAUGAGAGAGAGCUCAUGAACAAUCAAUGUGAUGAUCUCACGAAUCCCGGAAAAGUGUCCAAGUGGAAAGCUGCUCUUGUGGAGGUUGCUGCUAUAUCCGCACGGGACUCUCGCCACUAUAGUGAUGAUUCUCAAUUCAUUCAAUGUAUUGUGAAAGACGUUUUACAAACACUAUCCCGGUUGUAUCCUAAUGAACUAAGAGAUCUCAUUCAAAUUGAUGAAAAAGGUGAAGAAGUUGAGAAUUAUCUUAAAAAGGUUCCAAGAAUUGGAAUUUGGGGUAUGGAUGGAUUAGGAAAAACAACCAUAGCAAGACAAAUGUUUUCGAAGCACUUCAUGCAUUUUGACAGUUCAUGCUUCUUAGAAAGCAUAAGCCAAGGGUUAAAAGAAUUUGGACUUCCCUAUCUACGUGAUAAGCUUCUCAAUGAUCUACUAAAGCAAAAAAUUAUUACAUCUGAUUUUCAUGGAAUUAGUGGUAAAAGAGUUUUCAUUGUACUUGAUGAUGUUGAUAAUGGUAUGCAAUUAGAUUAUUUGUGUGGAGAACUCAAUGAUCUUGCACCAAAUAGUAGAAUCAUUAUCACAACAAAAAAUAGGGAUACUCUUAAUGGAAGAGUUGAUGAGAUAUAUGAGGUCGAAAAAUGGAAGUUCAAAGAAUCUCUAGAACUUUUUUGCUUGGCAGCCUUCAAGCAAAAGCAUCCUAAAGUGGGUUAUGAGCGUCUCUCUGAAAGGGCAGUUGCGUGUGCACGAGGUGUUCCCUUAGCUUUAAAAGUUUUGGGUUCGCAUUUACAUUCUAGAAAUCUCGAAUUUUGGGAAUUUGAAUUGAACUAUUUGGAUAGCAAAGGAGAAUCGUUGUGCGAAAUACAAGAUAUGUUGAGAGUGAGCUAUAAUGGAUUAAAAGCGCCAGAGAAAGAAAUGUUUCUAGACAUUGCAUUCUUUUUCAAAGAUGAAAAUAAAGAUUUUGUUACAAGUAUACUAGAUGCUUGUGGCUUUGAUGCUACUAGUGGAAUACAUAUCCUUAAAGAUAAAGCUCUUAUCACCAUUUCAAAUGACAACAAAAUACAAAUGCAUGACUUGCACCAAAAACUGGCUUUUGAUAUAGUUCAAUACAAAAAAGAUCAAAGAAGAAGAGACCCACGGAAAUGUAGCCGAUUGAGGGACAUUGAAGAAGUUUGUGGUUUACUCAAAAAUAACAAGGGGACUCAUAAUAAAAUUGAAGGUAUAACAUUUGAUCUUACUCAAAAAGUAGACUUGCACAUCCAAGAUGACACAUUCAACUUGAUCACUAAACUAAGAUUUCUUAGACUACAUGUCCCAUUGGGUAAGAAGAGAUUGACUAACUUGUAUCAUCCUGAUCAAGGCAUAAUGCCAUUUUGUGAUAAAUUGAGAUAUCUUGAGUGGUAUGGAUACCCUUCUAAGUCUCUUCCACAACCUUUUUGUGCCGAGCUUCUUGUUGAGAUUCGCUUGCCGCAUAGCCAUGUAGAACAUCUAUGGUAUGGGAUUCAGGAGCUUGUGAAUUUAGAGGGAAUUGACUUAACUGAAUGCAAACAAUUGGUGGAGCUCCCUGAUUUAUCUAAGGCAACACGACUUAAAUGGUUGUUUCUAUCUGGUUGUGAAAGUUUAUCUGAAGUUCAUCCAUCAACUUUUCAUAACGACACACUUGUUACUUUGCUACUAGAUAGGUGCAAGAAAUUGGAAAAUCUUGUAUGCGAGAAGCAUUUAACAUCUCUAAAGAAUAUUGAUGUUAAUGGCUGCUCAAGUCUCAUUGAAUUUUCUUUGUCCUCUGAUUCAAUUGAAGGAUUGGAUUUAAGCAACACAAUGGUCAAAACAUUGCACCCAUCAAUUGGUCGUAUGAGCAAUUUUUCAUGGCUUAAUCUACAAGGUUUAAGGCUGCAAAAUGUGCCAAAAGAAUUGUCUCACUUGAGAUCAUUAACUCAGCUUUGGAUUUCCAAUUGCAGUGUGGUAACAAAAUCAAAGUUGGAAGAGAUAUUUGAGUGUCAUAAUGGUUUGGAAUCAUUAUUAAAAACAUUGGUCUUGAAAGAUUGUUGCAACUUGUUUGAGCUUCCCACGAACAUCGAUUCAUUAUCAUUUUUGUAUGAAUUAAGACUAGAUGGAAGCAAUGUGAAGAUGUUACCUACAAACAUCAAGUAUCUUUCAAACCUAACAAUUUUAUCCUUAAACAAUUGUAAAAUGCUUGUUUCUUUGCCACAGCUUCCUGAACACAUCAAAGAACUUCGUGCUGAAAAUUGCACCUCAUUGGUCGAAGUAUCAACUUUGAAGACUAUGUCAAAACAUAGGAACGGAGAUGAGAAAUAUAUUUCAUUCAAGAAUGGAAAAAUGUUGGAAUCAAAUGAACUUUCACUCAACCGCAUCACGGAAGACACAAUACUAGUAAUAAAGAGUGUUGCAUUGUACAAUGUACUAGUAGAUAAACGUUGUUCCGAAAUUCAUAGCUACAAUUAUGAUAGUGUUGUGGUAUGUUUACCAGGAAGUAGAAUUCCAAGCCAGCUCAAAUACAAAACAUCAGAUUCCAAACUAACUAUUGGAUUUUCGGACAUAUAUUACUCGUUGGGAUUCAUUUUCGCAGUGGUUGUUUCUCCAUCCAGUGGAAUGAAGAAUGAGCGUGGCAGCGGUGCUAAAAUUCAAUGCAAAUGUUAUAGGGAAGAUGGCAGUCAGGUGGGAGUUUCUUCCGAGUGGCAUAAUGAAGUUAUAACAAAUUUGGAUAUGGAUCAUGUUUUUGUAUGGUAUGAUCCAUACCGUAUUGGGAUCAUACAAUACAUCAGUGAAGGAAAUGUUUCUUUUGAAUUCAAUGUUACAAAUGAUAGUGAGGAACAAGAUUGUUUUCUCAGUGUGAAAGGGUGUGGAAUAUGCCCAAUAUAUACCUCAGAAUUUUUGAGUCUUUUAGACAUGUUGCAUUUAGACAAGGAUGUAGAAUCAUGUAUGCGUAGGAAUAUUCAGUGUUGAAAUAUGUCAUGAGAUAAAAGACAAUGACAUUGAAUCACUUGCAUAUGUACUUUGACACAUUGGAUUGUUCUAAUGACUUCAUAUUCAAUAUGAAA